UAACGCAGGAGGAGGAGAGGGCUGGAUAUGGGGGAGCCACCGCACAGGCCCGUACGAUCGAGAUAAAAAAAAUAAUAAAUAUAAAAACACUUUUUUUUUUUUAUGUGCACAUACCGGGGAAAACACACAAAGACACGGAGCUGGAGAGGCCUUAGGAGGACGGGGAAACAACCGAGGAAGUGAAGGAAAAAGGGGGGAAUACGGCUACUGACCCAUCCCGGCGCAUCAGGGGUGAAGCAGCGAGAGAAAGGAGGAGAAGAAGGAGACAUCAUUCCGCUCGACCCGAUGGACUGAGAGGACAGAUGAAUGAAGACUGCCUACACUAACGCCUAUAGAUGUCUGGCCAAGGACCUGGAUGUCUAUGCCAUGAACACGGACAUGACAAUGGACGGGCUUGGCAGCCUGCAUGGCGGGGUGGCCGUGAGCUCCAUGGUCCCUGACGUGGAGCUGAUGAGCGGCCACAGCCCGCACCACGGCCGCGGGAGCUCCUCGGGGGGCCACGGGGCGGCAGCGGCAGCGGCGGCCACCCUGCGGAUACACCAGGACCUGGCCGCCGCCGCCGCGUCGUCCCGCUCCGCCAUGGUGUCCGGCAUGGCCACGAUACUGGACGGCAGCGGGGAGUACCGGCCGGAGCUGUCCCUGCCGCUGCACCACGCCAUGAGCGUGCCCUGCGACACGUCGUCUCCCGGGAUGGGGAUGAGCGGCACCUACACCACCCUGACCCCGCUGCAGCCGCUGCCGCCCAUCUCCACCGUGUCUGACAAGUUCCACCACCACCACCAUCACCACCACCAGCGGCUCUCCGGGAACGUGAGCGGGAGCUUCACCCUGAUGCGGGACGAGCGGGGGCUGCCGGGCAUGAAUAACCUAUACAGCCCCUACCACAAGGACCACAUGUCCGGGAUGGGUCAGAGCCUUUCCCCGGUGCUGGGCAACGGCCUGGGCUCCAUACACAACACCCAGCAGGGUCUCCACAAUUACGGCACCGCGACGCAUGGGGGCCACGACAAGAUGAUAAACUUCGACGCGCACCACACUGCCUCCAUGCUGGCCAGAGGGGACCACCACCAGCACCGAGGCCUCGGUGGCCCGACGGCCGGGAUGAUGCCGCACCUGAACGGCAUGCACCACCCGGGGCACCCGGCCAUGUCCUCGGCGGGCCACCACCCCCACGCCCACCUCCAGUCUCCAUCCCACGGGCCCGUGUUGGCUUCCACCAGAGAAAGACCGCCCUCCUCCUCGGGGACGCAAGGGGUGAACAACUCGGGGCAGCAGGAGGAAAUCAACACCAAGGAGGUUGCGCAGAGGAUCACGGCGGAGCUGAAGAGGUACAGCAUCCCCCAGGCCAUCUUCGCCCAGAGGGUGCUGUGCCGCUCACAAGGGACCCUGUCGGACCUCCUGAGGAACCCCAAACCCUGGAGUAAACUAAAGUCAGGCCGGGAGACCUUCAGGAGGAUGUGGAAGUGGCUGCAGGAGCCUGAGUUUCAGAGGAUGUCGGCCCUCAGACUGGCAGGUGGAAGUACCUCCAGUUACUCACAGCUACCAGAGCUUCACGAUGAUCAACACAAGUCCAGUCAGGAAAUGCCAGCGUGCAAACGAAAGGAGCAGGACACGGGGAAGGACCGCAACAACACGCCGAAAAAGUCGCGGCUGGUCUUCACCGACCUGCAGCGGCGCACCCUGCUGGCCAUCUUUAAGGAGAACAAGCGGCCGUCCAAGGAGAUGCAGCUCACCAUCUCUCAGCAGCUGGGCCUCGAACUCACCACCGUCAGCAACUUCUUCAUGAACGCCCGCCGCCGGAGCCUGGACAAAUGGACAGACGACGGAGGCAGCCCCGGCGCCCAUUCCUCGGCGUCCAGCACUUGUACCAAAGCGUGAUAAUAGAAUGCGAGGAGGGGGAGGGGGAGGGGAGCGCGGGGGGGGAUGGGUCUCGGGCGGGGGCAGAGAAACGGGGAGGGACGGUGGGGUUGAGGGGCGCGGGUCGAGGUUUCGUCCGGUCGAAGCGAGGAGGAAAAACCAAACUUUUUACAUAUUUUUUAUUUGUUUGUCCGUUCUGCUUUCGUCAAAGGGUGACAAACUGAGAGGGGCUGCUCACUGCGACGAAUUGUUUAUAGCCUAACCGCCUUUUUGCAAAAUCAUCGUGAAUCCAUAACAAAGCCGAAGGGUAAACUCACCUAUAAAACAUAGAAACCUCAUUGGGUGGGGAAACAACUUUUAAAUCAAAGACUUUCACUGCUGAUGUCUCCUUUAGGACAAUAAGCUGACACACUAGCCCAAAUACCAAAGACUAGAAGACAACGUAUGUUUUCUAUUAUGCAAUAUAUAUAAGCUAGGAGCCAACCGACCAAACAAGAAACCAAUAGAAGCUUUAUGAAAAAUUCUCUAUGGAAUUGUAUUCGACCUUCAAAUGUCCCAAAGAUGGCAAUGAUGCAUCUGUUUUGGGCAGAGUUGAAGACUUUCACGUUCAGAAGUCUGGUUUCAGAGAUUGCACAGUCAAAUUCAGAUCGCUGUAGCUGAAGCGUGAUUUAAAACAAAAGGAGGUGAGUUUGUGCAGCUUAGGGUGAAGUUGGACUGUGGAUUACAGUUGUUUUUUUUAACCAAACCAAAGAUGUAUAGGGGACAUUUUCUCAGUCAUAAGAAACCAUAAAAAUAGUCUUCUCAUGAGGCCCACAAACUGGCUUGGACUGAGUGUCCUCAGUAUGCUUGGGAAAAGCUAGUGGUUGUUAUGUUCAAAUGAUCUAGUCAAACAUUCAAUGAUUUAUUCAUCUAAAUCAGUAGGUUCAGCUUGUCAGUUUAUGCAUGUGUCAAUUAAUGGUUGAGCGAUGGAGGAAAAAACAGUCCAACAACUGUGUUCAUUUGGCUGUGCAGUCCCUGAUGUGAACCGUCAGGCUCACAAACACUAACAGAAAAACCAAAGUCUGUUUUCUGAGAUCAGAGCUGAAGAGUUUACUUCCAAAAUGUUCAAUGUCCAUUUUUAAAAGGAAAAUACGUACCUGAAGUUGAUCUCUGGAAUAUAUAUAUAUAAAUGAUCCAGGUUGUAGAUGGAUUGUUAUUUUCUUAAAUUAUGACUUCAUAACCAACUUUUUUUUUUUUUUUUUUUUUUUUUACAAAAUGAUGAGAUUUCUGUCAUUUUUUGGAGACAAAACUCUUCAAUUUUACCCCCAAAAAAGAUGUAUUAAUUGGACUAUUUAAGGGGGGGCAUUGAGGAUUCUUAAAGUUAGGAAAUGGCAAAAUAUGCAAGCACAAACACACAGAUACACGACCGUUCACCGACACACAAGCUUUCUCUCUCAGCAUACUUAGCGUUCAGUGGAGUUUUGGGGUAUUAUAUAUGAAUAUAAACAACGUAUGUGAGCACAAUCUUGAAGCACAUUUUCUUUGCAAUAGAACCGGGGCUCUCUGCUAAGCCGAGUGGUCUUCACAUCUUAGAAAACUCAGGAUGCCAUUUUUUCUAAACAGUGGCUGAAAUCCAUUCGGCAUUCUGUCGUUACACACUGUAAUGUACAAACAUGCUCGUAAGACACACUCUGUUGCAGACAAGCAAAUACACCUGCUUCACACAAAGACACACAACUUUGAAGAGUCAUUUCCCGAACGUUCCCCCGGAAAUCCCCACCCUGACCGAAACGUUGUCAGCUAAACCAAAGCGAACCAAAGUUUACCCUGGCUUCACACACCCAUAAUUUAUAUUACCAUGGUAACUCAUCCAUCAGGGCAGCGGUUUCCAGCCUAGCAUCUUGGCAACAAUUACAACAAAGACACCAAUUAAGACGCUAAAACUGGUGCUGUUUGAUCUGUCACUGAAAUUUUUUAACAAUUUGAGCCACAUCUGUGGUCCAAAAUGUGGUAAAAUGUUUUGAAGGCAGAUUUUUUAAUGCCUAAACUCCAUUUUCUCUACAGCUAUAGCUCUCUUUCAGAGAUAGAAAUCGCCAAAUCCAGCCUGGAUUUACACAAACACAAAAGGCUUUACUUGUUACUUCUCCCCGUUUAGAUGGGUGUAAGAUAAAAUGGGUAAAGUCCCUGUUCGCAUAUAAAUGCAGUGUGUUUGGACACAAAACAACCAGAAAGUCAUCAAUCCCUUACAAAGCAUUAAAGCUUAAAGUUAUGUUUAUAAUCCAUGUUUAACCAAAAGAGUGUUUAGCGGCAAGAGCUCCUGGGCUUUUAACAAACCAGCAGAAGCGACAAGACACGGUUGCACACAUAUUGGUUUCUUGAGCCAUUUCUGACAAAGUUUUGUGAAAUGAGCACGGACAGCACUAAAAAAAGAGGUAGUUUAACACUUAAG